AUGCCACUCGUUCACCUCCCACCUGAGUUGGUCCCAAUCAUCGCGGGGCACCUGAAAAACGAAACUGACCUCAACUGCUUCGCUCAGACCAGCCAGUGCCUAUAUCGCUGGGUCAACCCAUGUCUAUAUCAAUGCGCGGUGCGGAACAUGGGCGAAGUCCUUCUUCAUUGGGCUGCUAGCAAAGGACAGCUACAAACUCUCCUGAGGCUGCUCGCCUUUGGAGCGAAACUUCCAGCAAACACACGGAUCACCACUACAGAUUCACACCCUAUUUGUACAGCCGCAAAAUAUGGUCAUGUAAACAUCGUUCAUGCCCUCUUGAAUCUAGGAACAGACAUAGAUUAUCCUGUUGGCGUUCAUGGCGAAACACCGCUCAUAAUCGCUAUCCAUGAAGGGCACUUGCCUGUCGUCCGAACGUUACUCGAAAGAGGCGCAAAUCCUACUCUUCCCACGAAGCUUGAUCACACGCCCCUUGAGAUAGCCACGACUACUGGAAGACUAGCUGUGGCUGAAUGCCUCAUCUCCCAUGUGAAGGACCUACCACAUACUGCCGAGGUUGAUAGUCUUGGAAGGGCAUUAUGUGCCGCUGCACGUAGCAAACAGGUCGACAUCAUGAAGAUGCUGCUCCGCAAUGGUGCACCUGUCAACUACAUACAUCGCCGACAACUGGAGACAGCCCUCAUUAAUGCUAUCCGGGCUGGAGACGACGAAAUUACCCGCUUACUGCUCGACCACGGUGCGGACCCGAUGAUUGGAGUCGAGUCAUGGGAUAGUCCGCCCCUGGUGUGUGCGGCCUGGCGUAACCAUCAAUCGAUAGUCGAGAUGCUGGUUGAAUAUAACCAGAGGGUGAAGCGCCACUUUGCGGACGCCAUGGUUGAGGCUGCUAAUAUGGGACUAGAGGAUAUGACGAAAAACUUUUUGCUGAAAGGUGCAAAUCCCGAUCACGUAAGAAGUGGUUACCGAACGCCUCUGUCUUGUGCUGCCCAGCAUGGUCAUGCAGGCGUUGCCAAAGUCCUACUCGCAGCCGGGGCGGACAUUAAAGUCAGCGAUAACCAAGGACGUACGCCGAACUGGUAUGCUUCAUGGCUUGGUUGUCCCGAAGUGCUAGCAUUGUUCCGAGAGAAUAUGCUGUCUGGUGCCUGUUAG